AUGAGUGAGGGUUUGUUUUUUAUGCAGGAAGACACUGUGCUGCUGCUGUACCUGAUCUGCAAGGACACUGCUGGCCAGAGCGAGUCCUUGGAAAUUCUAGUCACCAUUCUGAAUGAGAACGAUAACUGCCCUGUGUUUCCACAGCCAAGCAUCACCAGGGAUGUCCCAGAGGCUACAGAAGUGGACACAGCCAUUGUAGCCCGUGAAGAAGUAACUGCUACUGAUGCUGACCUGGACAUCAUCUACUAUGAACUCAAUACCACAGUGCAGAACACAGACGGUUAUUUUGCCAUAAGAGGAGUUAACAACCCGGAAAUUUAUUUACAAAAAGCAUUGGACUAUGACAAAUUUCAUUCUACAACAUUGCUCUUGUAUGCGAGGGACAGGCCUGUGAACAGCUCCGAGCACACCAACACAGCCACUGCAACAAUAACCAUUACCAUCAAGCAGAGUGACACCCGGGCACCCUGGUUCCUGCCCUGCACCCAGCUCCACAAUGACACCAGCGUCUGCAUCAGCAGCCCCUACUCCGGCAGGGUCAACAUCUCCGAGAUAUCGAGGGACCCGCUCCUCCUGGAGCCAGGACCCAUCUAUGCUGUUGACCCUGACUACACCAUCAGCGACAGGAUCGUGUACAGCAUUGUUGGGGGUGAGUAG